AUGGCGCUGCAUCAGUUCGAUUAUAUUUUCGCCAUCACCAUGAUGUUUGCGUUCCUGGACGCCUUCAACAUUGGGGCGAACGACGUGGCAAACUCGUUUGCCUCGUCAAUCUCAUCUCGGUCGCUCAAGUAUUGGCAAGCCAUGGUUCUUGCAGGAUUGUGCGAAUUUUUGGGCGCGGUGCUGGCCGGCGCCCGGGUGUCUAGUACGAUCAAGAACAACGUGAUUGAUUCUUCGGUCUACUCCAACGACCCUGCGGUUCUGAUGUUGACGAUGGCUUGUGCUCUGGUAGGAUCUUCGGUGUGGCUGACAAUCGCGACUUCGAUCGGAUUGCCUGUGUCGACCACCCACUCGAUUGUGGGUGGUACUAUUGGUGCGGGCAUCGCAGCCGGUGGUGCUCGGGGCGUAGUAUGGGGAUGGGACGGCGUGGCGCAAAUCAUCGCCUCGUGGUUCAUCGCUCCGCUAUUGGCCGGGGCCAUCGCUGCGGUAGUAUUUUGUAUUUCCAAAUUUGGGGUGCUCGAAAUCAAGAGCAUCGAGCGGUCCAUUAAAAACGCUCUGUUGCUGGUGGGCUUUUUGGUGUUUGCUACAUUUUCCAUCCUGACCAUGUUGAUUGUAUGGAAGGGUUCGCCCAACCUGCACCUGGAUGACCUCUCGGGCACUGAAACCGCGGUAUCGAUCAUCGUCACUGGUGCCACUGCGUCUGUGGUGUAUUUCACAUUCUUUUACCCCUUCUACAGGAGAAAGCUCUUGGAAAACGACUGGACUUUGAAAUUGUACGAUAUCUUGCGUGGCCCUACAUUCUACUUCAAGUCAACUGACUCUAUCCCUCCCAUGCCCGAGAACCAUAAUCUCACCAUCGACUACUACGAAGGCAGAAGACCUAGCGAUGACAGUCUAUCUAAAUCUGAAGACGAGGAGAGUAAGGCAUCCGGCCACAAAGAAUUCAGCAUUGAAAGGCAACCGACGGUCAAAAGCGAGGAUGAGAAGAUUCCCACCAAAAAAUUAUGGUGGUCAUUGUUCAAAGAGGGCCCCAAGAGAUGGCCCCACCUUGCCUGGCUAAUGAUUUCCCAUGGUUGGACUCAGGAUGUUUUGAAAGCACAGGUUCACGAUAAAGAUAUGCUGUCCGGAAAUUUGCAAGACAUGUAUAAGAGAUCCAAAUUCUACGACAACAGAGUUGAGUACAUUUACUCGGUUUUGCAGGCAAUUACUGCGGCAACUAUGUCUUUUGCUCACGGUGCCAAUGAUGUAGCCAACGCUACGGGUCCCUUGUCUGCUGUCUAUGAAAUAUGGAGUUCCAAUGCUAUUGGGAGUAAGGCCGACGUUCCUGUGUGGAUUUUAGCGUACUGUGGUGGUGCUCUGGUGAUUGGUUGCUGGGUUUAUGGUUACAAUAUCAUCAAGAACUUGGGUAAUAAAAUCAUUUUACAAUCACCAUCUCGAGGCUUUUCCAUCGAGCUAGCUGCUGCGAUCACUACCGUCAUGGCUACCCAAUUGGCCAUCCCAACGUCUACAACCCAAGUUGCCGUUGGAGGUAUCGUUUCCGUCGGUCUCUGCAACAGGGACUUCAGAUCUGUCAACUGGAGAAUGGUGGCCUGGUGUUACUUUGGAUGGUUUUUGACCUUACCCAUUGCCGGCUUGAUUGCUGGGAUCCUGAAUGGCAUAAUCCUCAAUGCUCCCCACUUCGGGGGCGUGUACGAGAUGUCCUGA